GGUACUAUAAUAUGCAAUAUGUAAAUGAUAUAUGAUAUAAGUUUAAAUCACUCUAUUUUUGUUUUACGGAUGAUAAUAGAUAAUUAUAUGAUUGAUGCAUAGGCAAUAUUUCGUUUCGGCCAACAUACAUUUUAUAAAUUUUAUUUGAUGUGUGUCAACUCACUCUUGUAGUUAAUUUUUCACCGUCUCCGCUAUAAUAUGUACACUGAGCCAUCGAUCCAUUACUUUAUUUACAAACCAAGCUCUAAUUCAAAGGCCAGUAUGAUUAUCCUUUUGACAUUGCUUACCAGAAAUUAUUAUCAUAUUAUUUUGUAACAUAGGCGAUUAAAUCCCAAUAUUUAUUAAAUCAAUAACGUGUAUGCGUCUUACGAUAACAAGCUAUUUCGAUGGUAUUCCCGUUACGGCCUCAUAUUUUGUAUACGUGCGCAGUUUUGCAUAAUAAAAACGACUAUAAUAUGCACGCCUUCUUGUGUGUAGCGUUUUUCGCGUUGGCGCCUGCUGCCGGUGCCGCGCCCGCAGUGUUCGCAAUCGAUAGGUUGUCGUCGAUCGCUGGCCCGAUCUUUCGGACUCAGCCGGCGCCGUGGCCCGCACCCAGCCUCUCUGACGGCUACACCGCGGUCACAGAGACUGACUUGGUGCCACAGCCUGCUAUUGGUCAGUCUGAUGACCAGACCGCGGUCAGAGGGACUGACUUUGUGCCGCAGCCUACUCUCGGUCACUCUGAUGACCAGACCGUGGUUACUGAGACUGGCAGCUAUGCGACGAACCCGCCUCAGCAGCAGCUGCAGAGUACGCAGUCACUGGAUGACGGGAACAUCCCGCAGAAGAUACAGCCACCCAAUUCGAACAAAACCUCAGAGGACAUGGACGCCUACGCCCAUUAUUGUGACCAAGAAGAUGAAUAUAUCGACGACUACAUUCCGUUUUUCUGUUGCAUACUGAUCAUUUUGUCAACAAUGUUAGUAAUUUUAGCAUUGUUGGGACAUUUCGAUUUUCAAUAUUCUUGUCCAGGAAUGAAAAAAAACUCACUGGAGUCAUUAUGUUCGCUAACAAGGAAUUCCUAAUUCAAUAUUGACAAUAUUAUUCAAGACUGAAAA